CAGAGGAGUAUAAGCCAAUCUGCAUGAAAACCUACAACAGCAUAUGGAAGGAUCACAAGAACAAGAUAAACACUAAGUAUUUCAAGCUUAGAAGUUGUGAUCCUAAUUUGAAGGAUGAUGUUCCUUUACACAUUGUGCCAAGCCAGUGGGAAGAACUUGUAGAGUAUUAGCAUACUUCCAAUGCUGAGGUAUACAAAUAAAUUAUAUGUAUGAUAUUUAAACAUACAAAUCAUAUUUAUAUACUUACAUUUGUUGGACCUAUUAUAGAAAAUUGCAACAGGAACGCUAAAAAUCAACGAGCUCACGGCAUAGCUCAUACCACAGGGCGUACUACUUUUGCUCAGAUACGACAUGAGAUGACUAAUAAGGGGGAGUCUAUUGAUAAGAUGAAUGUUUGGCUUAUGACACGUAGAGCAGAUGACCCUGAGAUUAUCCAGACCUUGGAUGAGUUUAAUCGUCAACUCUCCAUGCUACCUAAGGAUUAUCAGACUUUGGAGGCUGGGAAUGCCAUUUUCCAUGAGUUGAUAGGUCAUGACAGACAUGGAUAUUGUCGCACAUAUGGGAGAACUGUGCCUCGGAGAGCAGUGUAUAAAGACAGGACAGGGCUAUCACAGUCAACACCCCAAGCAUCGACUAUUGUUCAGAUCACCCAGCAAGUUCGUGUGGAGCUAAGGGAUGAGUUGAGAGAUGAGCUGAGGAAGGAGAUGUGAGCAGAGUUCUCUACACAUUUAUAGUAGAUGAGAGCUGAGAUGAUGGCCUUUGUGUCACAGGGGGCGAGUGUGGA